CCCAAACCAGUCUGAACUGGCUGAAUCCUACUCCUGAUCUUAAGAGGUAUAAUCCCACAGAAAACUAGAACGAGCAUGUGGUUAAAAGGGGCUUAAACUCUCUUAAAGGCAUAGUUCUCUGUCAAUUACCUACCUGUAAAAAUUGUCGUGGCCCAUCCCUGCUCACAGAACCUUUGUUCCUGUCCUCACCACUUCUCCCUGGCCUCUGUCCAAGGUGUGUUUGUUAGGUUAAGGCUGGGAGUCAAAUACCGCCAUGCAGACCCAAGUUAGUUCCUUCAAACACCAAGGAUGUAGAGUAUUAGAUGAAUUGGAAGAGGACGGUUGGUCAAUUUUUCUGGAGAUUCCGGAAAGAGGCGGGUCAGAAAGAAUGGAAAGGUUCUUUAGAAUUAAUAGAAAGGGGGUGUACUGUGUCCCAAAAAUCCAGUUUAUGGGUGUUAUUUUAGCCAUUUUCUAUGAAUCAACAGCUCUUCCCCGAUCCCAGUUUUCACUUAAGAAGGGCAUAAAUCUUAAGGCUACGUAGUCUCAGAACUGGUUGGUAUCAAGGCCAAGGUAGACUUUCUAGAUUUCGCUGUGGGUGAAUCCCUACGAGUCCUUUGGAUAGAUAGAUGUAGGACAGAAGGACAUGGAGGAACAUGCGCGGAGAUCCACCAAGUGAUUGACUUUGUUUACUCCUGCGAGGAAAGCUUACUCACCCAGCUGCACGAGAUGGAAACAGCUUUUGACGGAUUCUGGGAGAAGCAUCAGCUGAAGAUGGAGCAGUACUUGCAGCUGUGGAAGUUUGAGCAGAACUUCCAAGAGAUCAGCAAAGCCCUGGAAUUCUUAAUGACGCAGCAGCGGGAAUUGUCAGAUACGGGAGAAAACGUCUCUCAAGUGCAGCAAAGACUCUCGGAGUUGGGUAACUUGGAGCAAUCCGCACAGGACUUAACGGCAAAAGCGCACAUGGCGAUUCUUCACGGGCACCAAAUGGCAGCCAGCCACCAUUAUGCCCUCAACCUGAUUUGCCAGCAGUGCAACGAACUGCGCCACCACUCGGACACCUUGCUAGAAGAAAUCAAAAGGAAAAACAACAGGCUCCAGCAAACGUUGGAUCUCCUCACUUCUCUUCAGCAGGCCCUCGAAUGUUGUGAUGAAGGUGUGUAUCUUCUAGCCAACCAGCCACUGGACAAAUGCCAGUCCCGGGAAGGGGCUCAGAAAGCUCUCCAAGACAUAGAGAAGUUCCUCGAGAGCUCUUCGCUGCAUUUAAACAUCGAUCCUCAAGCCCUGUCUUCUAGUUUUCAUCUCAUCUUAACACCGGAACUCAAGGUGUGGAUUUCAAUUCCAGUUUGAAAUUUUCCUUCGAUAUCUCUCUACCGGGCAAGAAAACUUCAAGGAAAUCUCAAAAUUCCCGCAAGAUUGAAGUUGUCCACAAUUACCAAGAGAAAAGAAAUUCCUUGCAGUACUACAUCACAGACAGUGAAGACAGCUUAGAUAUGUUGAAAAGCCACGUCAUACAUGAACUGAUACAAACCGAACGAGUGUACGUGGAGGAACUUUUCACAGUGUUGAUGGAAAAAGCCCAGAGCUUCUGUCAGCUCAGAGGAGAACGAUUCGGAACGUACCAGCCCCGGAGCGAUGGAGAACUUAGCUUCCUCUUCGCAGAGCAAACCUAGCAAACCCUGGACGGGCAUGUCCCAUUCCUUAGAAAUCUGUGAAGGCCUUGAAGAGUGGUCCAGCCACCAUUACUUCUCAACCUGCUCUGACACGGAAGACGAAGAUGGCAACCAAUUGUCUCCAGGAAAAUAUAAAGCCUUAGCAGAUUGCAAGAAGAGAGACUCGGAUGAACUUCUGGUGAAGAACGGGGAUGUUAUUCAGCUCAUGCAUGAAGACGGAGAGGGUCAGUGACGCCGCCCAGGAUAGGAUGAGGAAGUUAAGCUCCCCCUGAAUUUAAUGAAUUAAGGCCCAGCCCCUUUGUGAAUACUCCGUUGGAGACAGAGUGGCCAAUUAGAACUUAUUCGGUCAUCUGUGGUCCAAACUAAGGGGACAGCCCUUGGCUGUUCUGGUCUGGGCUUAGAAGCUAAGCAGGAUCGAGCCUGGUUAGUCCUUGGAUGGGAGAAUUUUCAAGGGGCUAGGCUAGAGGGGAAGUUGGAAACCGUCCAGAGGAAGAUGAUGGCGAUCUAUUUUGAGGAAACUCUAUGGACGUAUCUCUGUAAGCAUCGCAAGUUGACCUCAACUUGAAAGAAACUUUACCUUUUUUAUCAUCAAAAACAUCACAUCCCCAUCCAGUGGGACCAUGACUGGGAGCCAUUCUUUCCUCUUCUUUUUUCAUUUUCCUUCCUUCCUCUACUUCUGGAAAACCUCCAUUGUUUUUGACCCAAGGACGAGACCUCGUCUUCCUCUCUACAAUAUCUCCUGAGUUUCCUUUUGAGAAGGCAUUUGACAGUUCCCGUGGCUUUGGGGGAAGGUUGAAGGACGAGCUUCUGGUUUUUCCAACCACCCCUUUGCUGGGAUUGGCUGGCCUCGACUGAGAUCUUGUGGGGUCUCAAGGAAGCCAACGUUGGUAGGUUUUGAAGGAACUUUGAGAUCAGUCAAAUGUCCUUCUGGUUUUGCUCUAAAGAGUCUGGGUUGUGUCUCAAGACUUGGUCAAUGGGACGCUCCAGAUUGUAGAGAUCUCACUGUGGUUUCUUCUACACUGGCCAAGCCAAGGAUCUAGCAAAGUUUGCACGGGGAUUUUUAAGGGGCUGGGGGAGGGGGGAACAUAUGUGCCAUAACUAAGUCCAGGAUCCAUUUGCACUAUAUGUAUUAAGACUGUCCUUGUUAGUAGCGAGACUAUAUGUUUCGGCUCUUCAAGAGCCCACUUGUUCUUGGGCAAGGAUUGAAGGCCUUUUCAAAGGGACUUUCCAUCAUUUACUUUCUUGUGCACCUUCAGGAUUUGUACAUUCUUCUUUGUAGGCUCAGGUAAUUUGGUGUCUACAGACUACGGUUACAAAUUUAACCUCCCAAAGCAUUUCUAAUCACAGGGUAACUAUUGGGACAGGCUACUCACAACCACUCAGGGCAGUGAAUGGUGUGCAUAAACCAAAAAAAAUAAUAAAUCACUGUCAAUGUAAGUUGUCAUCUAUCUGUUUUCGUUGACGUGUUUCUCAUCUGGUUUUGGGAUGGAUUGGGGGUGGGGGGAGAGAUAUUCUUGUUUUAAAAGCCCGGAUUCGCCUGGACCUGUGAAAACAUUUUCUUGUCUUAAUCUCCAUUUCUGCACACUUUCCUAGUGGCGGAAGAUCACGCCGUUGCUGCUCUGCUGGAAUUCCUUGCCAGAAUUCCGUAAACAAGCCAUUUUCACCCCCCUUCCCCAUGUAUGUGAAGCACCAUUGAAAUCACGGUACGACACUUUUAAAAUGAGGAUAGGUUCAUUACGGCGGGACCGCCUGGUUAACCCAAAGGAAGGUUAUUUUUAAAAGUGUUCAUCCUCAUGUGUACAGCACAGUUCGAAUCUUUUUAACUUUUGUCUACCAGGUACCUAAAUUGUACAUGCUUCGGUUUACCUACGUAGCAAGUCUGAAUCUAAUGUUUUAGGCUGCGCUCAGAGAUUGACCGCGUCUAGGAUUGCACUUCUGAACUUCGAAAACUUUGCACAAAACCGUUGAGGGCCUCUUAAAAACAGGCUGGUGUUAAAAUGUCCAUGUGAGACCCCGAGCUGUGGAAUAUAUGCUUUCCCUGUCCCAAUUAUUUAACAGAUUCUGUAAAUGCCAUUGUAAGAAUGAGCUAACUCUAUAUUUAAAAAAAGAAUUAUGAACCUUGUUGAAUAAAGAAAUACAGCUGAAGACUUUUCC